UUGGGGCCUUAACUCUCGCGCCACUGAAUCUUGCUCUCAGGCUAGGGUUUCCUCCGCAGCUUUCUUUCAUCCCUGUAACUAUGGCCGAACGUGGUGGAGACCGUGGUGGUUUUGGCCGUGGAUUUGGUGGCCGUGGUGGACGUGGUGACCGAGGUCGCGGGGGCCGUCGCAGAGGCGCUGGCCGCCGCGAAGAGGAGGAGAAGUGGGUUCCUGUGACCAAGUUGGGCCGUCUUGUCAAGGAGGGAAAGAUUCGCAGCCUUGAGCAAAUCUACCUUCAUUCUCUGCCAAUCAAGGAACAUCAGAUCGUCGAUACCCUGGUUGGUCCUAGUCUCAAGGACGAGGUCAUGAAAAUCAUGCCAGUCCAGAAGCAGACCCGGGCCGGUCAGAGGACCCGAUUCAAAGCCUUUGUCGUUGUUGGUGACGGAAACGGACAUGUGGGACUAGGCGUCAAGUGUAGUAAGGAGGUCGCCACCGCCAUUCGUGGUGCUAUUAUAUUGGCCAAGCUUUCGGUGAUUCCUGUAAGAAGAGGUUAUUGGGGCAACAAGAUCGGGAAGCCUCACACAGUCCCAUGCAAGGUUACCGGGAAAUGUGGUUCCGUCACUGUGCGGAUGGUGCCUGCCCCUCGUGGUGCUGGGAUCGUUGCUGCCAGGGUGCCAAAGAAGGUGUUGCAGUUUGCGGGAAUAGAGGAUGUAUUCACCUCUUCGAGAGGGUCGACUAAGACACUUGGAAAUUUCGUGAAGGCAACUUUUGAUUGUUUGCUGAAAACAUACGGGUUCCUGACACCUGAGUUCUGGAGGGAGACGCGCUUCACUAAAUCUCCAUUCCAAGAGUACACUGAUCUAUUGGCCAAGUCAACAGGAAAGGCCCUGAUGCUGGAGGAUGAGAGGGUGGAGGCUUGAGUGUCGCACUUGUCAGUUGCAGUUUUGUUGGUGCGAGAUGCAGUGCAUUCGAAAGAAUGUUUUGAUAGUAACUUCUAAUGACUAAAUAUAUUAUUGCUUGUGUUGUUUUAUGUUGUUUAAAUGAGCCCUAUAUUAUUUCUUCA